GACGAAGUAGAACAAUAACAACAGCAGUAGCAGUAUCAGUAUCAUGGCGGAGGCAGAGAGUAGCAGUGAGUUAAGUUCUUCUGGGGUUUUUCAGGAGAUUUUUACGUCUCCUCUCAACUUGACUUUGCUUAGUCUGUGCUUAUUCCUGCUCUACAAAAUUUUUCGUGGAGACCAGCCGCCAGAGCUCGGUGAGUUGGAGAAACCGCUGCCGAAACUGAAAAAGAGAGAUUUUCGACUGUCUGAGCUGAUGGAGUUCGACGGAGUGCAGAACCCGCGAAUCCUCCUGGCCCUUUGUGGCAAAGUCUACGACGUCACCAGAGGAAAGACGUUUUACGGGCCAGAGGGACCAUACAGUGUGUUCGCGGGCAGAGAUGCAUCCAGAGGUCUGGCAACGUACUGCUUGGAGAAGGAAGCCCUAAAAGAUGAACAUGACGACCUGUCAGACCUCAAUGCCAUGCAGCUGGAGACCCUCUGUGACUGGGAGUCUCAGUUCAGUGUUAAGUAUGACUAUGUCGGCAAGCUUCUGAAACCAGGAGAGGAACCCACAGAGUACACAGACGACGAAGAAGUAAAAGACAAAAAGUCUGACUAGAAAA